AUCGACCUUCUCAAAAUGCAAACGCCAGUACAACGCCGAUUUAUGUAAAAUGGAGUCCAAUAGUUUGACCGAUUUGAAAUCAGAUUUGCGGACUCUGCUGCAAAUAUUUGCACGUUUCUGCAUGCCAAUAUGUAAAAGAAAUUACACCUGUUAAGAUAAAUAUGUAGUGUAAGAAAAAUUCGACAUGAAAAGAAAAUACUGUUGUAUGAUAACUAGAUGUAAAACUGACAUUGACAAACAGUUUGAAGUUCCUGAACAGUCUUCCUAAAAAAAAAAAAAGAAGGUAUGUAGAGUGUUGUAAAAUGGCACCAAACAUAGAUAUAAGUGUGAUAUAUGUUUAGGGAUGAUGUGUUAUAAGUUUUUGUGUUUAUUGCAUGUUUGUAUGCACUAUGCAGACUCUUAGAAGUUUACUUGCUUAUUUAGUAAUCUGCAGGUGUCGGUCGUAUUCUCUUUAGAGAAGUCGAGAGGCAUAGACUUCAUCGACCUAUCUUCACAAUCAUUCAUGUUUUGAUUCUGGAAAACGUGUAAAUGUCGGUGACGGUUUGUGCUUUGUCCGACCUUUCUACUCGGAUGUGCCUGGAUUUACGCAAUAGACAGGUUUUUUGCAAACAUUUAACAGUAAUGCACAAAACUGUCAAAAGCAGUGAUUUUUUUUUUUUUUUUUUUACAUUUUUACAAGGGUCCUGUGGCUUUCGAAUUGGGAAAAAUUAUCGACAUUUCAUUCAAAUUCGGAGAAAUCAAUUUUAUCGUAAAUAAGUUUCAAAAUCAUAUUAAACAUUAUAUUAUCUUUAUUUUACACAUCUAAUUUUCUUUACUCUUCUAAAAUUUUCAACUAUUCUAUCCAAAUCAUCAUUCCCAUAACUCUUUGUUAAGUCUUAUGUAUAUAAUUCACAUCGAAUGUUUAUUUUUUUUUUCAAGUACGUUUCCCUUGCAUAAUUUUAUUAUUGGGAAAAAUUCAAAAAUGCAAGCUAAAUAGGGGAAACAAUUACAAUUUUUAAGAGGGGAAAGGGCCGAAAUUCGGACCCAAAAUGGGCCUUAAAAAAUCACUGAAAAGGAAAUCAACAUUUACUUGCUUUAAAUCCAUUUUCAACAUGUCCCCUAUCCUGGGAUUACGUUAACUGGUCUUGGGAGAAGCUGUCACAAUAGGGAACCAGUUAAGAAAUGACUGACGUAAUCGAGUUGUGAUUUAAACCCGGGACAGAGGACAUGUUGAAAAUGCAUUAAAAGCACGUAAGUGUUGAUUUUCCUUCAAUGAGGUAAGCUUUGAUCAAAGUGUAAGUCAGCAGGAGUCCAAUUAUUCUGCACUGGUUUGGUUUUCUCCCUACUUCUUUUAUCCAUGGAACAUUUUUCCCAAUUUCAAUCAAAUGUCGCUAUUUUUCCCAAUCAAGACCUUUAAAAAACCAUGGUGUAAGUGAAUCAAGGAAGUUGGUACACACCAUAUUGCGCCAUUCCUGCGUUUGGCCAUGAAAUGCAAGUAAAGGAAAAAAUGUCGGAGCAGUAUUGCCAGAGUGUACUGCGGAUUGCACUGGCCCAGAUUUGUCAGAGUGUGGGAUGGAACUCGGCCCAGUCCACUCCGCUAGAGCUGCUUACUGAUGUGAUGGGGCGCUACAUGCUGCAACUUGCCAAGGUCACUCAUAGAUAUGGAGAGCAGUUCGGCAGAACAAAUCCAAACUUGGAUGAUGUCGGUUUGGCCUUCCGACACAUGGGGGUGAGCAUUAGUGAGCUGGAGGAAUAUGUCCGCCAUGUGGAACCACUACCAUUCGCUCAUGAAAUCGUCCAGUUCCCAGCUCCACGGAGUAGCAAUUUACAGAUUCCCAAACCAGGUCACAAAGAGUUGCUUACUCGUGAGGAGCAUAUUGAAGAGUACAUGCCACUCAUGUUUCCUACUCCAGAAGAUGAGAUGGACACUGAGGCAGAAAAGACUCAGGAUCAGAAUGAGGGGACAGCAGUACUUCAGUCCAACCAAGGUCAAACGGGGGUUACAGGUCAAACAGAGGUCACAGAUAUUAAUAGUCUGACAAUUCCAGGAGACAAAAGAACAUUGAAUAGUCCACUAGAGGGCAGUCUGCCCAAGAAAAGACCAAGGUUGACUAAUGCAGCUCUGCCAGAGGAAGCCAUGCACUCCCAGUAUGAGAUGAAGAGCAUUGCUAUCACACAUACGGGAGACCUCACCCCAACUAAAGGAGGGAAGUUACCUGAUGCCAGGACCCCACCUCAAGGAUUCAAGAAAGCUAGCCAUGAUAAACCUUCUGUUGCUAAAAACUCGAGGAAAGAUAAGGCGGACACAAGGCCUUCUACUCCAGUUAAUCGGACCGAAAAAGCAACAGAAAAUGAGGAACUUCUGAAAGCAGAGACAGCAGGAAAAGAAAAGGUGCAGACGGUGGAGGAAAUAAUGAUUUAUCCGGAUGGAAGGAGUGAGAAAGUUCCUCGGCAACAAGAAAUAGACGAGGUAUCGGACUCUGAACCGUUGCCAAAAUCUACUCCAGCCUCAGCACAGGAUAAAAUCUCAGCACCAAGUCCUUCAACACAAGUUCCCCCGAAGAGAAAGAAAGUGGGUCGUCCUCGAUCAAGGUCAAAAUCGCCUAGAACAUCAAAGUCGCCUGCUCAGGGCAAAAGUCCAGCCCGGUCACCAGGUAGUUCGCGAGGACGAGGCAGGCCUCCUAAGGAUAAGAGUCUGCUCAAAAAUCCUGACAAAAAGAAGGAUCAUAUUAAAAAUAAACCUGUGUUGUCUACGAUGGAGGAAAUGUUUGCCAGUGAUGUAUUGGACUUGUCUAGGAAACCACCCCCCGUGUCUGCUCCAAAGGAGAAUGUGGAGAAGAAGGAGACGAUGGAUGUAGAUGUACCUCUUGACCUUAGUAAAAGUAAAGAGCCAACUCAGGCUCAUAAAUCAGCAAGAGGAAGAGGAAGGCCACCUCUAAGUCCAGAGAAGAAGCGGGUGAGGGAAAGGAACAUUGACUUAUGUAUUGAGGCUGUGUUACAGAGGUCAAGGGAAGGGAAUACAGAAGGGGAUGCUUUGAAGGAGAAAGAAAUCAAGGCAGAGAAAGUCACAGAACUGGCUGAAUCAAAUCAGGAGGACACCAAUCCAGCCAUUGAGGACAGCAGUGAUGCUCCGUCCUCUGUGACGGUGAAGAAGGAGAUGAUAGAGGAAAGUGGACCGUUGUUUGACAUUUCAGAUCAAAAGAAGAAAAAGAAAAAAGAGAGGGCACUGAAGCAGAAGGAAGAGCAGUCAGGUGAAGAAGUGAAGGACAAACUAAAAGAUAAGCUGAAAGGGAAGGACUCUGUCGGUGAGGGGAUCAAGACGGAGCCCCAGGAGGAGGUGGCUGGGCCCCCUAAUGUGUAUGACUUUCCAGAGAGUCCCCCCAAGCCUGCAGAGCAGAUCAAGAAUGAGGCUGUUCAGUCACCACAGAAAAUGUUUAGUGUGGAAUUCGUAGAUAAAGAAAUGGAAAAUAAGGAGGGUGAAAAAGCCAAAGAAAAAAGCAAAGACAAAGAGAGAUCCAAGGAACACAAGGAGAAAAGGAAAGAAAAGAAAAGAGAUAAGGAAAAGAAGAAGAAAAACAAAGAUAAAGACCGAGAAAGAGAGAAAAAGAAAGAGAAAAGUAAAGAGCCGGAUUACAUCCCCACCGUGUCCAAACUGAAGAUCAGAAUUGGCAGUUCUCCAUCGUCUACCACUGUGAAUUAUAUGUCACCGACCAACGACAGUGCUCAGAACUCACCCCGGCCUGAACUGAAGUUAGUUAUAAAAGCACUGCCUCCCAAAUCUGAUCGGGAUUCCAUCUCACCACAGUCCUUUGGCGGAUCAACUCCAAGAAAUGGGGAGAAGGAAAGAAAAAAGGAAAAGAAGAAAGACAGAGAAAAGAAAAAGGAGACACCAGCCCCAGCCCCCUCACCCCACCUACCCAUCAAACAGGAGAGUAUAGAUCAGCCCUUGUUGCCAAUCUCCAGACAACACACCCCAUUUUCAUCCUCUCCUUCUAAAUCUCCCACUCCUCCCCCACCCAGAAAACCCUCACCCCCGGGUCUUUUUACUCCCUUCAUCAAGACUCCAACACCCCCUCCCAGGAAAACUCCAACACCCCCUCCCAGGAAAAUACCCACUCCCCCUCCUCCAAGAAAAUCGCCCACCCCACCACCACCAAAAGUCCCUACUCCCACACCAAAGCCCCCAACCCCUGAGACAGACUUUGAACCUGACUCGGAUCAUGAGACCGAGGUCAUGAAAGAUGAAGAAGAGCUGCAAAGGUUUACUCCUUCUCCAGCAUCUACUCGGAAAACAUUCACUCCAUCCCCUUCAAACUCUCCACUUCGAUCCCCAUCCCCUGCAGCAGAAUCUGUCACUUCUUACAUGAGAUCAAAGUCUAAUUCUCAGUCUCCAGUGCGAAGCCCAUCUCCUGGGCAAUCCACCUCCCCCCAUCCUUCAGCCCCUCCAUCCCCUUCUCCUAGUCCAUUCAGAGCCUCUGUUUCACCAUCAAACACGAAACCAUCAACGCCUAGUCACAUUGCCUCCAGGAGCCCCUCUCCUUCUCCGAGCCCCUCCUCCACCCCCCGUACAAUUAAGAGUGAGAUUAUUCCGCCCAUGCCACCUCCCAGUAUGCCUGGUAUCAGCUCUGUCAAAGCAGGAGUUCAGAGGACUGUCAUCGCAGAAACGGUCACCACUUUCAUUGAUGAAUCUGGACAGAAGGUGUGGAUUUGCCCUGCAUGUAAGAUGCCUGACGAUGGAAGUCCGAUGAUUGGAUGUGACAUUUGUGAUGACUGGUACCAUUGGCCAUGUGUUGGAGUGAAGGAGGAACCAGCGGAAGAUGAAAACUGGUACUGCUCCAAAUGUAUGGGAAGAAACAAGAAACCAGCCAAACGGGGAAGGGGGCGGGGCAGAGGCAGGGGUCCAGGGAGGGGGAAGAAAAAAAUUCUACGUGCUAUGAGUGUAUCAGAUAAUGGGAUUGUGGAACAGGAUGAAGCACCUGUCACUGCAGUGUGUGUAGCCACAUUGACUGGGAAUUCCGGAAAAGCUACGGGCUUUGUUGUGAUUAAACAUUCAGGCAUUUUGCGGAGAGUCGGCACUCAGCACAGUUCUUUUGGGGAAGUCCGCGAUCUAAAUUCUAUUUUUAUAUGUGGGUUUUCCCCACGCGUGUCAUUUACGACAACUUUUGUUCUACAGCAGAAUCAACACCAGACUAUGGGAGACGCCCGUGCAGUCCACUCUACAGCGAACUAUUUAUAUAGGGCGAAGGACCGUGUGGGGACUGGGGCCUUCUCCUACGUCUACAGAGGGGUCCACAAGGGGACUGGUGAGACGUAUGCCUUAAAGGUGCCUCGGUCUGGUAAUUCUGCCGUGGAACUGGAGCGGGAGACAAUAGCACUCACAACCCUGCAGCACGCUAACAUAGUCCGGCUCUACGACAUACAGCAGGAAAUUGGUUCUGGUAGAAUGGUGUUUGUGAUGGAGUUCUGUCCGAGGGGGUCAGUGCUGAGCCUUCUAGAAGAACCAGAAAAUCACCAUGGGCUUCACGAUAUUGAUAUCAUAUCACUUAUGAGUAAUAUAGCGUCAGCUUUGAAAUACCUGACGACCAUGGGUUUUGUCCAUCGAGACAUCAAACCAGGAAAUAUACUCGUCUCUGAAACGGAAGUAGGAAGAAAAAUCUUCAAACUAAGCGACUUUGGUUCGUCUAAGUAUAUCCAGGAGUCCAACGAAUACGAGUCUCUGACGGGAACGGAAGAAUACUUGCAUCCAAUGAUUUACGAGCGAGCAUUUAUCGACCGUGGCUUGCGGGGGAAGUUUACAUCCUCAACUGACCUGUGGAGUCUUGGGGCCACUUUGGUUCACGCCAUCUUGGGCGAGGUGCCCUUCAGACCAUAUGAGGGAUCAAGGAGGAACCGCAAUGAAAUGUUCAUAAUGAUCUCUAGAAAACCAGACCAAGCGAUAUAUGGUCGACAAAACUAUCCUAACGGGAGAAUAGAGUAUUAUAAAGAAAUCCCUCUACAUUGUAACAUUUCUAGGGGAUUACGCCCGUUUGUGGUGACAAUUAUCCGGGGUUUAUUGAGGACAGACUCAUCGCAGUGGACGCUGGACACAUUCUGUAUGGAGGCUGACCACAUGAAUAACUUGACACCUCAUGUUGUUUUAGAUCUAGCGUCUCUUGCAUAUUUUCAGUGUUACACUGAACCCUCAUGCACUAUCGACAGGUUUCUGAAAACUGUAUCAGAAUCAAUGGGCAUUGGAACAAACAUCAGAUCAAGCAUUUCUUAUAAUGGACUACCACUCGGGGACGUUGUGGGCUCUAGUACGGUAGCUAAAUGGCCAACCACUUCAAAGGAAAGACCGCUCGUUUUGAUGUCUUCCGCCAACGCGCAAACUGAUUGGUCCAAUUCAUCAUUACCUUCCGUCCCGUCAUACCCAGACACUGCCAGUGUAGCAGACGACAGGAGAAUCGCCAGGAGACAUCUGACGGUGUCCUGGAAAUUCAUGAUGAUCACAGAACAAUUUUUCCUGUUAAUAAAUGUUGUUCGACUCUCAGUGCAGUCCAAUGUAGAUGAUCUUAUUAACAGUCUGACUACGUACGAGAUAAAACUGAAUACUAGUGAAGAAUUAUUCACGUCGGAUUCGGAUCGUUUAAGUCUGUGUCAGUCGCUCCAGUUGGAUCCGUCAAUGGCUGAUUACGUCGGAAACAGACGACAGGGCGCGAUACUGAAGAAAAAACAAAUAGGACUAUUGAAACAACAAAUCCGCACAGUGUGUGUUCAGCUUAGAUCAACGGUAUCCUCAUUUCGGGAUCAAACCUGUUGGAACAUUUACGAAUCGAAAGUUGGCAGCAUAAAACAAAAGGCGCUUCAUUACUUUCACGAGGUGGAGAAGAUGUGGAAACAAGUGCGUGACAGAAAGGCUGGGAAUGUUAGCGACGCGGAGAACCUGCUCAGACUAGCAGAAAGGAAACAAUUGCAAGCCAUUUCCAGAUCAAUAGUUUACCAGCACCAGUCUGUAUUUGUAGCAUGUAGAGAUGAUAUAGUCAAUCAUAUCAAAAGCUGGAUUAGGAAUCAUCUAAAAGUUAAAGAGAAAUUAAGCAAUCUGGAGAUGCACUUUACAAAUAUGGAAAAUAUACGAAAGAAAUUUACCGAGGACAUAGUUUUUGUAUCAGCAUACACUCUGAAACCUAAAGAAUUUCCAUCUAGAAAUGGAAGGGGAAUCACGAGAGGCAUUCUCGAUCAGCACAGAUCUAACUCUGAAAGAUUGAUGGGUUUGAUAUCAGACGUAAAGGUUCUCGCGAUGACAGACGGGGAAUUCCCUGACGAGAAAGGCGACGAAACAGCCGAUGAUUUGCAUCUAUUUGGGUGACUAAAAUGACACAAGAGUUUCACGUGAUUCACAUCGCAACCUUCCUUGAUAGCCUCUGCCAAUAUCCGGAUACCCACGAGUUGUUAUGGCGUGAUCCACAGUAACUAGGCCAAAAACACUACUUAAAUAAUUUGUGAGAUUUGAAUUUCACAGUCACGCCCUAGGAAGUUGUUAUUAAUGGUAACAGCGCACACUGGAAAGAUCAGUAGUCAUACAAUUUAAAACAACACGGAAGUACAAAUCUCACCGAUUCAACAACGACCACAGGGAGAGAUUACGAGACGGAAGAGUGUCAGUGUUAUGUGCUUUGUGUUUACAGUGACGUUGUGAUCCGUGACUAACAAUUUUUAAAGUUUUGGAAAUUUGGAGAUGUUAAGGAACAACUUUGGGCUUCGAUAACAGAAGGUCAUUGAGUAUAUAUUUGCACUGCCUUUUGGUAUACAUGUACGUGUUUUUCUAGUCCUGAAACCAUCUAAUAUACAAAACAUGUACCAUGCCUUGCGAUACCACGCAUGUAUGUUGCAAAGAGAA